AUGCAAGUAAAUGUUGGAGGAGGAGCUUACGCGCACAAUAUGGCUCUCCAGCUCGCACACGAAAAUAAUUUUGACGCUCUACUCAUACAAGAACCUUGGAUAUUAAAAGAUCUAACAGCGAAAAGGUCAAUUCCACACCCAAAAUUUGCGCUUUUCUCGCCACUAGACGAAUGGCAUACUCGCCCCAGAGUUCUAACCUACAUUAGCAGUUCACAAGGACUGCGCUCAUACCAAAGUGCAAUUAAUACUUCUCCAGACCUACUGCCGGUGGUUAUCUCCACCGGGCGUGGUCGGAAAAUAGCUGUAUGGAAUGUGUACAUCGCUCCAGCUGGGUCAAUCAGAGCGGGAGAAGGCCUUAAAAUGUUAAUCGAGUCGACUGGUACUCCUGAAUUUGUCGGUGGAGAUUUUAAUUCGCGACAUCCAAUCUGGGACUCGCAUGUCACUUACACUUCUCAGGGGGGCGCAGACUUACAAGAAUGGGCAACAGAGAAAGAACUUAUUCUCUUAAACCCAACGGAAAUGUCGACAAACAAGGGCGGCGGAACAUUAGAUCUAGCUUUCUCCUCUCUAGCUGGAGCUAAAUGUGAGAUCCCUUCUGACCUUCAUACUAUAUCCGACCACGAAACAAUGGUGACCACCUUAACUGGUGAAUACAAUGCGAUUGAAAAUAGUGAGAGGCGCCUACGGUAUGACUCAAAUAACGAAGUUUUAUUUACAACUCUAUUGAGAUGCCAUAGCGACCCCCCAGAUCUUUCGACAGUAGACGACAUCGAAAGAGAGGCGGAAAAUAUUGUUAAAGUGAUCUGA